AUGAGUGCAACUGAUGAUAAACAAAUUAUCAGACGCAGCAAAAUUCCUAAAUUUGCUGUUCCAGGUUAAUCAAAAUUUCACCGUAAAGCCGGCCAGUUUUCUAUUUGAUCGUAUCGUAACGUACCGUAUUCUUUUGUGUCGAAGUCAUUAUAGUUUCACUCUAGUGGUCAGGAAACAAAGAAAUACGCUACGUUUCGGUACGAUACGAUUGAAGUACUAUAGUGGAAACAGGCGAAACAGUGGAAAGAGUUAAGUUGGUUUUAUUAAACUAGAGUCUGCACAAACUACAACUGCAGAAACAUGCAUUUUUAUAAUUUGUAAAAUUACCACUUUUUUGUAAUUAGUAAUUGAAUAAAAUCCAUUUUCAUCACAAUUUCAACACUUAUUAUUUACGUCGGACAUAAAAAUAUCAAAUUUCGAUCGCAGAGCGUAUGAAUAUGUUGACUUCACCGUAAAAACAUUCUCAGUAUAUUGUCAUAAAAUAAUGUGUUGUUUAAAGAUUAUAAUUUAAAAUUAUAUUUGGCGUUCCAAGAAUUGCAUGUUUCCUGGUAUUAAAAGUAUGCUACGGCCUACGGGGAAAUCAGAAUUUAUAUAAUUUCAAUUUUCAGUUUUGAUUUCCCGGAUUAGCAAUUCUAAGAAGUUCACCAUUAGUGUCGACCUGUUUAUUAAGCCGUUCGCAUUAAAAUAUUUGUCUCAUAUCAGUUGAUCGCUUGGAGGCUACAGACGUCCACACAGUCACUGUCAUACGCCAUACGUUUGCGCAUGUAAGGUACAGUAAACUUAUUACAAAUCAGAAAAUUUAAUGUUUUAUAUCAGUCGCAUUCAUGUCUUCUGUUUUCUAGCGAAUAUAAGCUUAGCUAUAUUUCCCUUGAAUUUGCCUAUACUAUAUAACGAGUUGUUCCCGUGCAUCGCUAGCGUUUCAGACUUCUUGGACCUGAACUGUAUUGAGUAUUUAUAAUAAGAAAUAAGAAUUUAAAUAAGAAAUAAAUGUUUAUCAAUUUUUAAAAAUGUUUAUAAAUGUCGAAGCUCGCUAAUCAUCGGCACACGUACACCUACUGUAUCUAGAAUAAAGCGUAUACAAGAUUAAUUCCUCUCAAAGUCACAUAAAGUUUAUGUAAUGCAUGCCCAUGCACUGGCAUUUAUGUAUAUUAUAUAUUCAUUACAUAUAAACGAAGACUUUCAAUUGCAUGGCUAACAUCCUGGAGUCAGUGUCUGUGAGCCAGUUACCAGGAAAAUAGACUUAUUGUCAUUUCUCAGCCGGCGAUAAUUUCCUAUAGAAUGAUAAUGAUUAAUGAGUAGCCUAUAUUGUUUCUACAACUAAUAAGAAGAUCUAAGAUUUUUUUAUACAUUUGACUGUAAAUAUGUGUGAUGAAAGGUACUUGGAAUCAUAUGUUAAAAUUUAGUAUUUUUUAUUUAAGUUUAAAUGAGAAUUUAAUUUUAUUUAUUAAACUAAGACGAUGUUUCGACGAUUGCACAUGUCGUUGUCAAGUCAGUAAAAAAGUAUAAUAAGCAUGACAAUCUUUCAAGUGGACCAGAAACUGGGCCAAACGGGUCUUUGUUAGUGGGGGUGUAAAAUUAUAUGUAAAUAUGCUUAUAUGAAACUUUCUUUCUGUUUGUUGAGCUUCGUGAGAAGAAAGGACAAGAGCAACCAAGGCUUCUGCAAAUAUACACAAUAUAUUAUUCUGCCUGCCUUCCUAAAAUUGUAAAUUUCGUGGCAGUUCGACUGGUCAAAACAUUUUUCACAAGCUUCGCAUGUUUUGUAUCUUAUAGUCAGAGUAUCUUAGUAGAGGUUAUUACUUACAUAUAUGCGGACAAUUGAAUUCUUACUAAAUUUCCACCGGAUACUUUCCAUUGGAUCAUGCAGCGAUUGGGGACCAAUGGACCUUUCCCCUUAUAACUAAAAUUUCGAUCUAGACAAAAAUUUCAUCACAGCUUGAAAGAGCAUAUUCCAAAUUUUGUUGCAAAAUCGUGUAAAAUGCGGAUAAUAUAGCCUUGCGAAAUUUGCCGUUUUUCAGUCAUUUGUAUUACAAACGUGAAAUCGACAUCCGAUUCGGGUGUUGGGACUGCAAUUCCGUUUGUAAUGCAAAAUCGGACUGAAAAUUGCAAACGUCGCAAGGCUCUAUUUUCCUCAUUUUACAACAUUUCGCAACGAAACUUUGGAAUAUUACUAAUUUUGUGAUUCUCUUUCAAGCUGUGAUGAAAUAUUUGUCUAGACUUGCCUAGAUCAAAAUUUUGGUUAUAAGGGGAAAGGUCUAUUGUUGCUCCAAUAAUCCGCGAGCAAAUGAAUUUUUUCCAAUAUUUUUCCAAUUUUCCACUUGUUAUUUAUUUUCAGAUUUUAUAAAAUGACCUUGACUUUGUUUAGUUUACUAUGUAUACAAUCAUCUCUUUUGAUUAUUUUAGUAUGCAAUCAUUUAUCCAAGGACUUUUCAAUUUAUUAAUUUUUGUGGUAUUUCUGGCUUUGUUGCUGAAACUAUGGUAUGUAUUUACUGAUACAAAUGUGAUCAUUUGAAUACUAUGAAUUUUAACGAUUUUUGUGUAAAUUAUUUCAAAAAUCAGGAACUAGGGGCGAACUACGCCCUUGUAUAUGAUUAUUAUAUACCUGGAAAACCACCGUUGGCGUAUGCAGCUAGCGCAACACCUCUCGUCAAUGGGUGACCACCCUUAAUUGGUUUUAACAAAGUGCAUGAGUAAACUUUAAGAAAUUCGAGGGUUAUUCUCUGGCUACUCCGGUUUCUCCCCUCUACAAAAUCAAUAUUAAGGUGGCAUGUGCGGCUAUUAAAAGAGAUAUGGACUAAUGGCGGCAACUGAAAGCACAAUUUGUGAGCUUGCGCGGUCUUACUCGCGGUCUAUUUGUGUCUGUUCCCGAUUCCACAAUUUCACGAUCAGUGUAAAUGGUUGUUGGAAAUCCCAAUGGAGAACAACUAUCAAAUGUAUGUAUGAAUAUACAUUUAACUAUUGUAUUAUUUCCUUUGCAGGGAGAAUGCCGCUAAGAAACUAAAGUUUGUAGUUAAAAGGGAGGAGACAGGUAAACUGGCACGAAUAGAGAUCGAAGCAGGAAACCAGGUUUUCAAUUUAUUGGAGUUAAGCAGAUCGCCAUUAAAGUUUGACGAUGAUACAAUACUGUGUAUGCAUCGCGAAGGAGAAGACGAUGACGUAAGUGAAGUUACUGAUCUAAAUGAGAUUGCAAAUCCUAAAACUAUCUGGAUAGUAAAAGAAAAGAUGACACAUAAGAAACCCAUGAAAAACGAAAGUACACGUCGUCGAAUGAAGGGAAGCGAAUCAAGGCAUAGUGACCGAUACGCUCGACAACCUACGAAGCAGGAGAAACUACUAAAAAAGUUAAAGAUACAAGCAAUGAGCAAUGACACUGAACAAGGUGAUGGUAAGUUAAAUUUUUGAUGAAAAAAAUAGAUUGCCCAAUGUAAAAGAACCUGAAGUCCGAAAUCCAGUAAAUUAGAGACUUUGAAAUCCGGAAUCCAGAGUAUGGAAUCCGGAAUCCAUGCACUCCAUAGUUGCCCUAGAACUAGCGGCUAAAUAGCUUGAAAUCCAUUUUGUUGUAGUUAAUCAUUUAUUUAUUUGUAUGUAAUGAAACUAGUUGAAACUUUUUAGCCAUGUUUAGUUGUGAGAGGCACAAAGAAGACAUUUGGGGAAAAAUAACAUAUAUUUCACGAGAUAUGAAGUAGUUAUAAUCGAAAAAUGAAUUUCUAUUCGACAACUAGUCCCAGUUUUCUUAUGUGUUUUCAGAUCACCUGGUCUAAACCGUCUCCAGAGCCAUUUUCGCUCGGUCACUCGUAGAAAAUUAGGCUCUGGGUUAGAUGUCUGAAUUAGGAAGAGUUCUGAUUGGCUUCUCAGAAAACUUCUAUUUCGCAGAAGAUGAACAGUUUUCGCUAGGCAAAACUACUCUAUCAACAUGUCUACAGAGAUAGUUUGUUUCUUCGUAAUACUUCUCUGUGAAAAUUGUAACGGGUGCCAAAGCGUCUCAAAGUUUUCUUGCACUAUGUAGCCGAACCACAAUCCAUGCAGAAUUGAAAUUAACUAAAAGCCAGUCCAAUACAAAAUGUUGUAGAUACAUAAUGUUGUAACAGGCUUCGAAACAAUAAUACUCCUCUUAAUACUCCUCAAUAAUACUCCUCAAAAAGUAAAUAAAAAUUUCCAUCAUAUCAUCAUGAAUUUGCAGUUCUGGUCAAAUUAAGCUAGUUCCUAGUAGAAUAUGGCCGAAGAAGAAGUCACAACAAAACUUUGAAGUUUGACUUCAUGCUUGAUAAAGUUGUCCAUUAUUUGCUAAAAUAAAUGCAAAAUAAUAUAAACGUUUAUACCUUACGUCCGGUAAAAGGCCUGGGUAGGGUGGUUGCUCCAUAACUAUAUGUGCAAUAUAUUUCAGGGAUAUCAACAAAGAGGGGAAACUUCCAGGAUGCAGAAUAUGUAGUGCUCUUGGGUGACGUUGGUUCAGGAAAGUCAACAGUUGUCGAGAAGCUUACAGGAGAGAAAGGCAGGAGUUCCGACGCCAGCAUCAGUUUCACGAGAACCUCCGAAGCAUUUUGUGUUCCUGAUGGCAGUCUCAUCAUAUCUGACACACCAGGCAGUAACGCAAUGGAUGAUGAACUGGAACACAAUGUCUGGAUAGCUGCUGCAUUCAACUACAAACCAGUCUCCAGGUUGUUCAUUGUUGUCAAAGCAGAGGAUCGUAAGGACACUGUAAUCGAUAACAUAAGCAAAUACGCAAAUCGUUUCCUGGAACCCGCUGAAAUGGACGUAUUGGGGGUUCUUGUCACACACCUGGAUAAGGUAAAGUGGACGGCAGAAGAACUUGUACCCGACGUAGAAAGAAAGCUUGGUAUAGAUACGGUUGUCUUCUCCAGUAUGGACACCACGGCUGAGAUCCUGCUGAGCAACAUAUUGACAACCUGUACAAAGAAACAUAACCUAACGGUUGAUGGUGAAAACUUUUUCAAAUUCUUCAAACUCCACAACAACCACAUGAAGAUUCUUCGCUGCACCAACGAUGAAAUUAAAAGAUUUUCUGCCAUGAAGAAAAAUUUCGAUGAGGCUAUACAGGGUUUCACUGGCAAGGAUCGUGUUGAUCUUUUCUUCGAGUUCCAGGCAUACAUGGCAGACGAGAUUGUUCAAGCUCAGAAGAGGUUAGCCAACAAGAAUAAUUUUACUUUUUAUGGCGAUGGUGCAGCAAACGAGGCUGGUCAUGUUGCAAACAUGGUGAAUCAACUUCGCACGAUACUGUACGAUGUCAGAGCAGAAUGUGUUGGAUUUCAGAGUGAGCAUGGUGUGUCUGAGUUGCGAAAGUGUCCACAUUGUGGUUUGAUUUGGACCAAGGUAGAAGGCUGCGAUGGAAGUACAACCUGUGGAAACCGGCCCAACAAUGUCAAUAAUAUCAGAAAUUCAGCAUUUUCUGUUCUGGCAACCUUUAGUUUUGAAUGGAUCGGAAACAAGCUCAACAUUACCAAGGCUGGCAAUAAGAACGUGAAUUCUCAGAAGAGUUCCUCGUCUGAAUUUGCCGGAUGUGGGAAAACAAUAACCUGGAAUGAAAUGGCUACAGUUGCAGUCCCAGAUGAGUUCAGUGAAACUGUGAAGAUCUGUACAAGUGACAUCAAAAUGCUUCCUCCUGUGGCAUCUGGUUUCCAAAAGGAUCUGUCUAACCUGUUACAAACCGCUGCGGGUGCGAUGAAGCUGUCCACCAAAACUAAAGAACCAUCCCCAGUUUAA